AUGGAGGCCGGUAGGACGGCGGUUCUCCGAGUGAAGCGGAAGCGCAGUGCGGAGCCCGCUGAGGCGCUUGUCCUCGCCUGUAAACGGCUCCGGGGCGGCACAGUCGAAUCAGCGCCUCAGAGGACUCCCUCCGAUGGUCUGCCGACAGCGGCGGAAAAUAAUGUCUUCCAGCUGGUGGCCACCGUGAGCUCUCAGGAGGAACCAGUCCAGCCGCUCUUGCGGGCUGCCCUGCGUCCGUCUCGAGACAGCCAGCAGCGCAUCCGCCGCGACCUCCGCGCCUCGGCUCGGGAGAACCGGCAAGAAGCCCGCUACCGGGUGGUCUUCACUCGCAGAUCCUCGGGGACGCCCCUGGGCUGCCCAGAGUCCGAGGAUACGCCGGAGAAACCAGAAACCGCCAGCGACGCUGGCUUCCAACUCUUCGACCUAGUCCGCGAGGAGGGAGACUCAGAGGCCAUCGCCGCGGGUUCUUGCCAAACAUCUGACCCAGAUGUGAUCCUCUGCAAUUCCACAGAGUUGAUCCGUGAGCGGUUGACCAUCUCUGAGGAAGGACCAGGAAUUGGGCACCAAGAGGAAGAAAAGGAUGGUGACUAUGUGUAUGACAUUUACUACCUGGAGAUGGCCACGCCAGGGUGGAUUGAGAACAUCCUCUCUGUUCAGCCCUACAGCCAGGAGUGGGAGCUGGUGAAUGAUGAUGAACAACCUGAGGAUGUUUAUGAUGAUGAAGAUGAUGAAAACAGUGAGAGUAAUUGGCGCAAUGAGUACCCAGAGGAGGACAGCAGUGAUGACGAGGAAGGUUACACAGGUUCUGAUGAAGAUGACAACCUCAGUGAAGAGGAACGAGGCAGUAGAAAACCACAUAUUUGGAGCAACAAAUACCCUUUGGAUGUGCAGAAGGAGUUUGACUAUGACAGCUCCCUGGAUUCAGACUGA